UGCACUUCAGUAUAAAAUUUCACACAUGGCAACAUUCAAAAGUGCUGCGCGUCCAUGUCAAGAGAGUAGUCUGUGUAUAGUGGGAUCAAUAUAAAAUAUAAAUGUUGAAUCCUCACACGGAGCCGCGUUAUUUGUGUUCACUUGUUGUCCUAUCGGCGGGAGGGUAGCAUCCCCUUAUAGAGCGCAGCCCCGACCUGACCCGGCUCAGUCCGCGCUCGGCAGCCACUCGUAACACAUACCUGAGGAGAAAUGACUGAACUUGCCUUUAUGUAAAGUGACCAAGUAUUGACACAACAUUAUGUAGAGAGUUGAGCGGUCGAGUGGUCCGCAUCGUUUUUGGUGCGUGUCGUGUGUGAUGCUGUCGCGAUGAUGUGGUUAGCGGUGAUCGUGGCCGCUGUGGCCUUGUGUCUGCAAGUGGACGCCGAUCAAGUGUUGCUGUUAGACACCACGUCUGAGUCGACGCUGGGCUGGACGCGGUUCCCUUAUGGCGCGCAGGCCAGCACUCCCGGCUGGCUCGAGGAGUCCUACACCAAUUUUGAGAAGCAGAUCAAUUGGCGCUCGUACGUGGUAUGCGACGUCGCCCACAAUAAUGUCAACAACUGGCUGUGGACACCGUUUAUAGAGCGGCGCAAUGCCAACCGAAUCUACAUCGAGAUCAAGUUUACCAUCCGUGACUGUUCAUUGUUUCCGGGCAACGCUCUCAGCUGCAAGGAGACCUUCAGCCUGCUGUACUACGAGUUCGACGUGGCGACGCGCGAGCAGCCUCCGUGGGAGCCCGAGAGCUACAAACUGGUAGGCCGCAUUGCUGCAGGUGAGGGUCGUUUCAACACCAAUUCUGAUGUGGAUAUUAACACUGAAGUCAAAAGCAUUGCUGUCACAAAAAGGGGUGUAUAUUUUGCAUUCCGUGACCAGGGCGCCUGCAUAUCCAUAUUGGCUGUGAAAGUAUACUACAUCACAUGUCCUGAGGUGACUAUAAAUUUUGCUAGAUUCCCAGCAACACCUACAGGGAGAGAAGUAACUGUUAUUGAGCAGGCUAAUGGUACAUGUGUUGAGAAUGCAGAAAUAGCCCCCGGUGAGGCACCCCCAGUAUAUCUAUGCAAGGGAGAUGGCAAGUGGACCCUCCCCAGUGGUUCUUGCAAAUGCCGAGCUGGAUUUGAGCCAGAUCACAAUAAUCAAGCUUGCACUGAAUGUCCUCCAGGAAAAUUUAAAGCUCACACAGGUGACGACCAUUGUAUACCAUGUCCUGAUCACUCCCAGUCCACUGCAAUUGCAGCUUCUGAAUGUAGAUGUGCUCCCAAAUAUUACAGAGCCAAGAAAGACCCUAAAAACAUUCCAUGCACACAGCCACCUUCUGCUCCUGAUAACUUGACUGUGACUUUUGCUGAUCAGUUCUCUAUUUCGCUUGCUUGGCGGCCACCGCAUAAUACAGGAGGUAGAAAUGAUGUCACAUACAGAGUGUACUGUUUAAACUGUGGCCCUAGUGUUGAAUACAGACCAGCCGCCACUGGUCUUAAUAAUACAAGAGUUACAGUCAUGGGACUAGACCCAGUGACCGAAUACAAAUUUCAAGUAUUUGCUGAGAAUGGUGUCACAGAAUUUACCUCAGAUCCCCCAAAAUAUGUAGAUAUAACAGCUAUCACUGAAGCCUCUGUGGUAAGUGUGGUCACUAAACUACGGGUAUUGAAUGUAGAGGUAGACAAAAUUAGCCUUGCAUGGAAUCCACCUCCAGUGGACCUCACUGAUCCUGAUGAUACUAUAGAAAGCUAUGAAGUUAAAUGUUUCCCUAAAGACAAUUUGGAGAAAAAUGCAAACACUACACUUAAAAUUACAAAAGAACCUCACACUAUUAUAAUGGGUCUAAAAAAAGACACUGAGUAUGGCAUUAGAGUUAGAGCCAAAAUGAAGAGGGGCUGGGGCGAAUUCAGCAGUAUAGUAUACGCGCGCACAGGCAAUCUGUUAGAAACGACUUAUGUGAACGAGGAGGAAGGUGCCCAAGUGCGGCUAGUCGCCGGUGUGAUGGUAGCAGUGGUCGUGCUGUCUGUAGUGGCGAUUAUUGCAACUGUUCUAUUCUUACGGUCACGCACAGAGGACGAAUGUGACAAAAAACAGCCAGGCGAUUGCAAUGCGUUGAACUAUCGCAACGGCGAGGUAUACAGCGGCCCUGAGCGCCCUGCCAAAACAAGCAGCAACGCUACCACGCCUUUGUUCGCGGGCACCGGCUCCAGAACAUACAUAGACCCUCACACGUACGAAGACCCUAAUCAGGCAGUUAGAGAAUUCGCCCGCGAAAUCGACGCGUCUUGCAUUACUAUCGAAGCUAUUAUAGGUGGCGGAGAAUUCGGAGACGUGUGUCGCGGCAAACUGAAGUUGGCCAGCUGUGGUCAAGAAAUUGACGUGGCUAUCAAAACUCUGAAGCCUGGGUCCACGGAAAGAGCGCGCCGUGACUUCUUGGCCGAAGCGUCUAUAAUGGGUCAAUUCGAGCACCCCAAUGUUAUUUUCUUGCAAGGAGUCGUCACCAAAUGCAAUCCCAUUAUGAUAAUUACAGAAUUCAUGGAAAAUGGCUCUCUUGAUACUUUUCUACGCGCCAACGAUGGCAAAUUUAUGGUUCUUCAGUUAGUUGGAAUGCUGCGCGGCAUCGCAACCGGCAUGCAGUACUUGUCCGAGAUGAAUUACAUACACAGGGAUCUGGCCGCCCGUAAUGUGCUGGUCAAUUCGCACCUGGUAUGCAAAAUUGCUGAUUUUGGACUAUCGCGAGAGAUAGAGUCCACUGCUGACGGCGCGUACACCACUCGCGGCGGGAAGAUUCCUGUACGAUGGACUGCUCCUGAGGCCAUCGCGUUCAGGAAGUUUACGUCCGCUAGUGACGUGUGGUCCAUGGGCAUCGUCUGCUGGGAGGUGAUGAGUUUUGGCGAGCGCCCCUAUUGGAACUGGAGCAAUCAAGAUGUGAUCAAGUCCAUUGAAAAAGGGUACCGCCUGCCGGCGCCGAUGGACUGCCCAGAAGCAGUAUACCAGCUCAUGCUCGACUGCUGGCAAAAGGAACGUACACACCGGCCCACAUUUGCAAGCAUUGUUAAGACUUUGGACAAACUGAUCGGCUAUCCAGACACAUUGCGAAAAAAAGCCCAAAACCGCUCUGGUGCGGAUCCCCUAGCCGGCGACACCCCCGAUUUGAUCCAGUUCGCUUCAGUGGAGGAAUGGUUGGAGUGCAUCAAGAUGUCGCGGUAUGUGGAGAAGUUCCGCGCCGGCGGCGUGACUGAUAUGGAUGCGGUGGUGGACCUGACAGUGCUGCAGCUCGCUUCGCUGGGCGUCACGCUCGUCGGCCACCAGAAGAAGAUCAUGAACAGCGUCCAGAGCAUGCGCGCGCACAUCCGCGGCAGCGGUCCUUACGGGUUUCUCGUGUGAACGACACAUGGACAGUGUCGGUUUUGUGAACAGUGCAGUGGCUUGCCAGUGUAAAUGAUCUCCAAGUGGUUGGUGACAAUGGUUUAUACUAAUUGAAAUGAUCCAUUUGUAUAUUUUUCUAAAAAACUGCCAUAGAAUUAACAGAGACUUCUUGUUAAGGAAAUCUAAAGACUAUACCUUGCUGUUUAUAUUUACUAUUUUUGAUUAUGUUACGAUGUGAAACAGCUUAUGUGACGUAACUUCUCUGGCCUAAGAUUCCAUACAUUUUUGAAACAUAGCUUUACAUUACCGUCUUGUAGCUACUGUACAACGAAAAUAGAAACAUGACUUAUUUAUUAACCUCAAUUAUGUAAACAACAAAUCAUAUUGAUCUUUAAGAUUUUGUUUUUUUACAUAGACUGAAGUAUUGUGAUUAUUAUUUUGUUAAAUCUAUUGAUGAUCAACUUUAAACGCUUUUAUGCUUCGUGAUACUCUUAUUUUUAAUCUAUAUUUAAAAUACAAGCAUUUUAAAAGUUAACAUCAUGCAUUGCCAUCAGCAUGGUGGAUAUUUGUGUUUUUUUAUGAGAAAAUGUAUCUAAAUUAUUGUAAUGUAGUUAGCCAAUUAUGCUAUAUUUGGAUGGAUAUGUAUGUAUAUUGCUGGAAAAUUUUUAAUAUGUAAUUUAUGGAUACAGAACAAGUUUAUGUCUAUGGAGAUGUUGUGGAUCACAUUUUUGACAUCUUGUUUUCGUGUAAAACUGUGGCAUGGUGGGCAGCUAACAAUGCACAAUGAUUUAGACUUAACAUCACAAUAUGAUGCACAUUGUCACUUUCUCAGUAGAAGCAGAACUAAGAUUAAACACUUGUCUAGGUCAUAGCACUGGAAAUCUAGACAAAACUUAAUGUAUUGUGUCAUAUUUUUUAAUAUAGUAAAGUUAUGAUAUAUCGGUGUCUAUUUAAGCUUUUUCACAAAUAUCUAGUUAAAAAUGUGUCCUGAAGGUAAAAUAGAAAAAAAAAUAAUAACUUUGUGCCAAAGUUGCACUGGCAAAAACUCAAACUUGAGUCAAAAACAUGUAGUAUUUCCACAACAUCCCGUGAAUACAACAUUCAUGUACAGGAGUUGCUCUUUUCAUGCAAAAAUAUAUUAAUUACAAAGUUUGCUUAUUAAAACUCAGUCUUAGGUGUGUGAGCAACACCCAAAUAUAUUUUGUCAACUAUAUGAUAUUGUGAUUGUGGCGUACUUAAUUAUUUUAUAUGAUGACAUUAAUUUUUUCAUAGAACAAAUAUUAUACAUUGCAUGUAUGUAAUAAGGCUGAUUUUGAUUUAGACUUUACAUAUUUGCUUGACUUAAUCUGUAAUGUGCUCACUAGAUAUAGAUAAAUAUCAAUAUUGACUUACAAAUUACUUUUUGAGAGUAUUAAAAAUUAUGAUUCAUAUUAAAAAUUUGGUUUCAUAUGGUUAAAAUGAGUAUCUAUAUGGCAUUAAAAUUCAAUAUGAUAUUGUGUUGAUUCACAAUAUUGACAAAGUUUGUAUAAGGAAUACUUUUUUAUAGCACUAUACUAAUAUUCUAAGUUGGUAUUGAUGUUUCUCUGUAUAGGUACAAUAGUAUGGAGCCAUUGUAUUGCUAGCCUUUGUCCAUGGUCAUUGUGAUACAACUCAGUAUUGGCUUGUAUAAAGUGACAUAGGAUUUUCACCAGUGAAAUGACUGGGCUUAGGUGAUCAUCCAAUGUAAGGCACAACAAGGAUGGGCAGUAUUAUCACACAGUCCUAGAUAAUAUUAUGAAGGCAGACUUUCAACUCAUUUCAUUUAAUUAUGUAAAAAACAUCAGUAUUAUGACCAAUUUCGCUGAAGCUCCUUGUGAUAAUUAAAAUCUACUUCAUCUGUCCAAUUUCGCGGCUACGAACACUUACUGUACGCCGCACCAUACCUAUAAAUAGCAGUGGUCAGAUUUCCACCUCGAAUAUUGCAUAUAUCAUUGUCAUAUUCAUGCACUACAUGACAUUAAGCCUCACAUCGCCAAUUAAAAUAUAAUUGGUAAUUAUCGUCGGGUUCACGUAUUGGUAUUUGUGGUGAGUGGAAACUGGAGAGGUUGUGCGGAGUCGCCGCGACAGCCGUGGACUGCAAGGGACAUUUUAUAAUGAAUAUUGUCCGUCCACCAUGGGAUAUUGCCUCUUUACAACUCCAAUAUUGUAAUAAGAGCUUCAUAUUACUAUAUAGUUUUUGUGCCAUAUAAUAUACAAAGACAAAAGCAAUAUAAUUUUAAUUCUCUAUCACUGACCACAAAGCUUAGUUAAAGGGAUCUACACAAAGAUUAUGGACAUUGGCUAGCUUUACAAGUGGCUUUGAUUCAAAUCAAAUUCAGUUGAAGUGAGCCGUGUAUUUACUAAACAUGGGACAGCUUGGUGGUGAAUUUUUUUAACGGUGACUCGUUGAUCGGACCUCAUGUCAGCUGAUGUUAAUUUGGGCGACAGGUCGCUGUUGUGCAUUGUGUUGGACAUGUUGAGCGUCAUGUGUUCAGAUAAUACACGGUUAUUCGAUGUAGCUGAUUCGGUUUCAUAUGCGGAUCUUCCGAGCUGCUUUUUACAAUGUGUUAGCCAACUUUAGAUGGGACAUUCCCAUUUUCGAGUUAUUUACCUGGAUUUGAUUUUGAUACGCAUUUAAAAGACUAUAGUUUCCUUUUAUAUAAACGAAAUAGUUGUAAGUAACAAUAAUGCCAAUCUAGUUGAUAAGUGCUUAGCAUGUUUCGAGCUUGAUUAAUGUAUCAAAAUGCGAAUGUAUGCUGUGCGACUUGUGUACCAUACGUGCGAGCUGUGCGUCUCAUGCUGUUUCUUACCAACGUUUCCGACACUUGAGGGAAGCGGUCGACACUCCAGUCCAUUUUAUUGGCGACGUCGCACCGCUGUGAUGUAUAACACCCGUUAAGUUAAGAAAAAGUUGGUGAAAAAGCAUUAAUUAUUAUAAUUUGUUCUACGUUAAGUUUUGUCGUUCGCCAUCACAGUGUUGAUUGCUCAAGUAUCACUAUUGCGUAAGUGCAUUACAUUUGUUCAGCAUUAGUCGAAAGGGUUUUGUUGUGUAUUUCGAUGAUUUACAAUUUAGAAAUGUUGACAUCACCAAUAAUGAUCGAAUUUAUUCUCAUUCACAUUUGUACAGCACGGUACUAUUCUGCAACAUGCAAGGGUCGGUUACAACAGUUUCACUACAACAUAAACAAUAAAAACCUUUCGAUUUACAUCACAUCGCAUUACGCACUCCACUCUGCAUUGCAAGAUGGCUCAAAUAUUUGGAACAAACCGUCUAUGGCUGAUAUCUAAAACCAAUUGUAGUUUGAGUCCGGCUCAAAUGUUAAUAAUUACCACUGUGUUGUAAAUUCUAAUUAUUUUUACCCGGGCUUAGACUGAGUUGGCUUUAUUUUUCUUUAUAUUGUAUGUUCCACAAAAGAUGACAAUUCAGUGCAUUUUAUUUUGACACAAUAUGUUGCCGGUGCGACUGUCAGACGAAUUUAUGAGAGCUAGCUAAUGUGCGGUUUAAUUUAGAACAAUUGUACAAAAAAUAUAAACAUUUGUAUCAUUUAUAAUUGGACUAAACAAUUAUCAAUUAAAGUUAUAGCUUCCAAAUUUGAUGGAAAUAUAUAUUGUUUAACAACGGAUAAAAGAUACGAGGACUCGCACAUUGAUGUGGACGUUAGUGUUGUGCGAGAGAAAUAUUUCCACUUUGUGUAGUCGCUCAUAUCAAUAUUCAAAAUAUUUAGAUCUAAUUUUUAACCGAGUACCAUUUUCACAAAGAUUCUGUUCUAUAAUACUUAAAUAUGCGUGUAAUAUAUGAAUUUUAUUCUAGGAAACUAUCUUAUUGCUUCACUUUGUGUGUAAAGCGUAUUCAUAUUUUAUAAUGCGCUUACAAUAUAAAUAAUAUGAAUAUUACCUUAUAUCGCGAGCGGUCUGAGGACAAAUUCGCAAUAUUUUCUUAAAUAAAAAUGCUUUAACGAUAUUAAAAUGAAGCUGCAUAAGAGUAAUAUUGAAAAAUAACUUGCAUAACAUGUUUAAUGUCUCGCUGAACUUCAAAAGAAUUUAUGGUAAAAUGCAUUUAACAGGUAUUUCCCGAGCGCCGUUCGAUUUUACAGAUUUUAUAUUUGCUUUAAAAUACGUUCACAAUUUUAAUACUGUUUUGCGCUCUACGAACGAUAUGAAAUAUUUUUGUAUCAUAAGCGGGAACAUCGUGCGGGUAGGCAGAGGUUCACUUGCACUUCUAACUAAUAACUUUGGACAUAUACAGCCGAGACCGUCCAAUGUAAAGUAAAUUAUAUAUGGUGCGAGUACAAACAUGGAGAGCUCUAGGUAGACCAGCCACUAUCCGCGUCGACAUGGCCACGGCACGGAGCCGACGCUGCCGUCGCCUUCGUUUAAUACAUUUCCGAGAUGGUAGGAUGUACGUUGUUAAUAUACUCUGGUAUCUCAUUUGCUUUGGUUAAAGGAAUUUCCACCAUGCAGCCGAGAAUGCACGUGCAGACUUAAUGAAAGGCUUGCGCUAUAAUUGAAUACACUAUAUACGUCGGUUGAUUAAUUUGUCAGUGUACUCGUCACCUGGUUAUAUUUACACGCAAUAUCUAUUUAUUGUCGAUAUAUAGUGCUCUGUUUAUUAUUGUCAAUCCUUUCGGGGAAAUAUAAAAACAAUCAAAAUAAUAUAAUCUCUAGGCAAGCUUAUAUCACAGAAAUAGGUACAAUUUUAAAUUUAUCUUCAUCCGGUAUAUGUAAUACCUCUAGGACUUUUUUAUUGUUUUUAUUUUUAACACAACUUCUUUUCUAGUGAAAGAAUUGUAAGUUAAUUUAAUUGAAUUACUGUUCCACUAAUACCUAAUAUAUUUGUAAGAAAUCGCGUCAACUAAAAGCUACAUUUAAUUAAUAUGGUCCAAAAGCGUACUCAAAGAAUAUGUGAUUCAGUUUAUUGCAAGAAACAUCAGUCAUUCAGUAAUAGGAUUAAUUUAAAAUAGCAAUACGGAAAAAAUAAGUCGCCUUACCUUCUAAUAAUGUGUUAACCUAUCGCGCUGGUAGAUGGCGUUAUCUGUAUCUCACACCACUAGGUCUGAGGUACACAACGCGUGGCAUCAGUUUUGUGUUUUAUUGCAAAACGGACUUUAUUUAAUUUAAUUAUUACAGAUAUACGUAUGGAUGAUUACUCGUAAUCAGACAAAGGCUGCGUUUGCUUUAUCCUAUUAUAUUCUCAAGUAUCGUAAAUGCAUAAAGGAUACUGAAUUGAUAUUGCGUUGUAAUCACGCUAAUUCCCUUUGUGUUUGUCAACGGUACUUAUUAGAAUGAUUGGACAUGGGGAUGUCAAAGCAGUUAUUAAUGUAGGAAUUCCACUGGGAUUUGCUAAUUAAUCACAGGCAAUGUCCAGCCUGUAGCACUCUAAAGUGUUCCGAAUAAUUUGUACCGAUAUGUGAUGCGCUGAUACUAAUUAAAUCAACCAGACAUUAUACCGCUAUACAUCGGUGAUCUAACUUUGUGUUCGAAUUAAUUGCAAUUUGGAAUAAUUACUCUAGGCUGGCUAAAGGCAAGUAGCACUUGGGAUAAUUGGUCAUAGGAAUACGAUCCGGAAGGAAUCGUAGAUGAACCUUGUGACUUAAGAGCCUUCGGUCACUUCCCUUACUAUACCACCCUGGUUGAGCUAGCCUUGUAGUAAAAUCUAAUUCAAAAUAAAAAAAUAGUUACACGUUCCACUUAAAGAACUUUUAUUUAAAUCAAGAAUGCAAAUAAAUAUGGACUAGUUUGAAGCUGUUGGUACAUCCAAAGGACGAGGGAAGGUCGCUGGCGUGCCCGGCGCGCAUCCGUGUUCCGCGAGUCGAUGCAUUCAUGUACCUAUAUUGAUUGUUUCUUUUUAUUUGCGAUGGACGAAUCGACUAAUUUUAAAAGUCAUUUGCUUCGGAUUACUGCGCCGAUCAGGUCGUGUGUAUUCAAUUUUCAUUUAAUUUUGAUAUUUUAAAUUUUGUUUUCAAUUAAUUGAAAAUAAAUAAUUUUAACGCCCCUUGACAUGUUUAAUAUUUUGAUUGGGAACUUCAAACUAAUUCAUGGCUAACUAUAAUUUUUUUUGAAGAUUUGCAAUGCGCGUACUCCCCCACGGCCAUAAAAAAUACUCUAAAUCGUUCUUUGCACCCAUUAAAUGGCAUCUACCUGAGCGAGAAAGGGAUAGCGUUGAUUUUACUUAGAGAACAAAGGAGACUGACGUCAGUGGCAAAACGGUACACGGUUUUAAAUAAUUUUAAUGCAUUCGAGGCAUACCUUUUGUAUUAGGAUUCAAGAGCGUAUUUUUGAUCGGUGCCAAUACGGAUGUUGGGUAAUAUCGAAUUUGUUUUCUAAACAGAUUUUGAAUUGAUAAUGUAGUUGUUUGAUGUAUUUCUUGACACAUAGUCAUUACAGAGUGAGAAAAAAAUUAAAAUUGAAAAUAAAAGUAUUUAACGGAUUUUUUCGCGGUUUUUAUAUUAUUAUUAUCUCCCGACGUUAAUAACAUUCGCGUAAACAUAAGAAAUUUGAAAUUCUCGAAAAUUUAUACAUUUUUUGGAUGAAGUGUGGCGUCGCUGUUAAGACAAGUAAUCUCUGCUUUGAGUUUGGAAACAUAUCUGUCAUCAGUGCUAUAUUUGUAUCAAUCAUAAUUUUAACCGUAGAUAUAACCAACAUACAAAAAAAAAUCACGUUGAACUGAUAACCUCCUCCUUUUUUGAAGUCGGUUAAAAAUAGCUAUCGAUGAAACAUCGCGGAUUUCGCGUCAUAACAGUGGGCAUUAAAAUUAAGCACUUGUGUUGACUCUGAGCCCGCUUUGCAUGUCUGAAAAUAGGACAAGCCAUCGGUAAUUACGGCACUUAAUUACGAUAUUAAUUAAAAAGCUUGUCUCUCGAUAAAUUCGUCUGUGGUAGACCCCGCCAAUCUGAUCAAGUGGUUGGUGUUUUCACUUCCACUGCUGAGCCGACGUGGAAUAUUAAUUUAAUUUCAAAUAAGUAGCAUUGUUUUAUUAUGUGAUAUCUUUAUUAUUUUAUGACUGUUUAAUUUUAGUUUGAAUUAUUAACCGUCUUUUAACUUUAUUUUUUGACAUAUUUUAUUUUUAGAUUAUUUGAACUUACUUAUUACCUUUCGUAUUGGCGAUUUUAUAUUAUUUUUUGAGACAUUCAAUUUUAAUUUACGGCAGCUUUGAGUUUAUUUUUGUACUCGUUUUAAUUAUGAGACUGCGAAUUUUAUGACUGACUUUUUUCAAGCAUUCUAUUAAUAUGUCUGUGUAGCAACAGAUGGCGCUAGUUCAGUACAUAUUGUUUCAAACUCCGCACAAUCUAAAGCAACACGGUUCAGUGUUCAAAUAGUAUUGAAAUAUUGUACAUAACAUUAACCCGUUAAGUAUGAAACAAAAAUUGACUUGGAACUCACAUUCUGCGUCACAUAAAACUGCCAUCUCCAAACGCUUUUCUAAAUACAGUAGAAACCAGAUAUAACGACGCCGGUUAUAGCGACACAUCGGUUGUAACGAUGAAAUAGUAACGUCUCUUUAAAUAAGUGCAUAUAAAUAUUGUAUCGUUUAUAACGACUAUCGGAUAUAGCGUCCAGAUUACGUGAUCCCUUCGAUGUCGCUAUAACCGGUUUUUACUGUAUUAUGUUAACACUGAAAAUACACUCGCAUUGAUUGGUCAUCUUUUUGGGAAGCCGUGUUUGUUACACGAAUACAUAUUGCAAUGCGCCAACAUGCCACUCGCACGCCCCGCGGGGCUAUCAAGCGAAAAUUUUUGUUCCGACUGCAUUCGUAUCAGUGGAUAUGUCAAUUCGACUGUUCGCUGCCACGGGACGAUUAUGCCGAAAAUUGAAAGGAAACGAAGAUCGGAUACGGAUAUGGCAUAUGCCAUGUGUAUAACCGUUACGGUAAUAUUAGUAAUACUGUAAGAAUAAACAUACUUCAAGGAACGUCAGAAUACUGGAAUCCAAAAUUUUGCCUAACUUUCGCACGAUGUUUUUCCCUCACCCUACCAAUUUAUUAAUAUAUGCUCCUUCCUGUCAGUCUAUGUUCUCGUUUCGCUUCGAUUUUUGGCACAAUCAUCUCGAUAGUCUAGAUUUACAAUUAUACCCAUAUAGCACCAUUCAAGUACCUUGCGGCAGCUGUGUCGUGCCUCGGCCGAAUGUAGAGCUACGAGAGCUGUAAUGUUAGCCACUUAAGAUAGUCAUAAAUCAGGUAACAAGUAUACGUGUCAUCAACGGUCCCUCGAAAUUAUUUUUGAUUCAUAUUAGAAAAACGAUUCUAUAUUUUUUCAAAACUCGCUUUUUGUAAACUAUAUUAUUAGAUGUAGGGUAAUUAAAUGUUUCGAUGUGCAUGUAGAUUAUAGGAUGUGCGGCUUCUACCUACCAUUUCAAAUUACCAACACUAAAUGUUUAGUAUGUUCAGGGUGAUUCGGCAAUCCUCGACGUAGAGCCGGGGGGCGGGGGUUGGGGGGGCGGGCUCGACUCCGACACCACACCGAAGCCGUCACCAGCGGCUCAAAUAAUAUUUACCACAUUUUAUAUAGAUACUAUAUUAUACAGUUCCACACCAAUUUACAAUUCCAGUAUUUCUAUGGUCGAUGUAAGGACGGCCGGUCUCGGCACGGCACAGCGUUAGAAUAAUGUCCUAAAUCAUAACACCAAUCACAUUCAUGAUAAAUAGUGAAAUCUUUAUUUAAAAUGUUAGCUAGAAUAAAUGGAAAAAUUAAUUAUAUACAUACCUAUAUUAUAUUUAAGAACCUUUUGAUACGUUGGAAGAGGUAAAUAAAUUGUGAGAUAGCUUGAUUUAAGUCUUGUAUACUGAAUCAUUUUGUAUUCGUAAAGCUAUAUGCUAUUUUGACGAGGUACACGAGGUUUUGGGAGCAGUGGCGGACUUCGUCGACAGAACGUUCGUACAGGGUGUCAUUGCGUUCGAUGGCAAAGCAGGCUUCUUCAGCUACGCGGUAGUCGGUCUGGCUUGCUAUGAAGCGGCUCGAUUGCUUAACUUUUAAUGACAGACUGUAUGAAUCUCAUGCGCAGAUUAAAACCAUUUGACUUAAAAUCUUAAACGUGUUCCGUAACUACGUAUCUGUCGACGACGUGAGAGCAAACAGGCCAGAUGUAAAGGCGCGCUGGGUCUCGGGGUACGCGCGACCUCGAGACACGGUGACCGCCGCAAGCACAGCUUGCAAGUCCAGGUCUCAAUUCCGCAUGAAAAUUAAAAUCACACUGAAAUCUUGCCAUAAUGUGUCGUGUUUAAAGAAUCGACGAUCAUAGUAAAUUCAAGCACAGAAUAGGCGAUUCCCUGCAAGGAAACCGUACGGAUUCCACGCAUAAUCAAUACAGAAUUGAGGCCUCGACUUAAGAUUUGUUUCAGUUCCAUAAGUUUUCCGUGGCCAUUUUUAUUUGUCAUGUUAAGAAAAUGUAAAUAUAUUAUAAAUUCCGGUUAAUGGAUCACUCGAAAGCAAUAUAUGCAAUUAUAUGUAAUACGUUAGUCAUAUCCACGCCACAAGUAGUCGUGUCAGUCGCCACGUGUCGGCCCGCCGGCCGUCGGCCCGCGCGCUGCAUUCACGGCGCGUUACUUAUUAAUGUCUUAAUUACGUGUACUUUAAUUAUUCCUUAUUAUAAUUUUAUUUUCUUCGUCGAUAAAUUAUAUAUCUAAAAGAUAAUGUAGUCUAGGUUAAUGAUGUAAUCUCUUAUGUUAUUGUACGAGCCCAGUUAAUCGAAUACUAAGAUCUGUGUGAUGUAUUGUGGUGGAGAGGCGAGAGGGCGAGCACGGUGGUAGAUAAUGUGUGAUAUGGACGUCCACAGCGCGCGGGCCGAUGGAGAGGACCGACGACAGAUGACAUGUGAUAUGAUUAUUAAAAAAACCCAUACUCUUUCCUAAAUGAUUAAUUAGUUUUAAAGCUUACGCAAUUCAAAUCGUAGAGUUUUAUCAUUGAAUAUCAAAAACAGAUAGUAUUUGAAAUGUAGUAACACCAAUUAUAGCCUAAUUAACUGUAAAACAUAGAGAUGUUAGAUUUUAUUUAUAAGAUUUUUUAUAUAGGUGAAGCGGCAGCGCGGCCGUCGUGCGCUCUUUUCGCGGGUCUGGUCACAGCGCGACGGAGCUCACGCCGCUGUCACACCGAUGCGUAUCCACUUGUCCUGCACGCGUACCAUUCGUGACGUCGUCUGAGCGUCAGUGUCGUGGCGGUGUGACGAGACCCAAACGCACACAUUUUCGUGUCUCACUGUCGCGCCAUAUACAGAUGUUUAGUAACUUAAGCCGUUUUAAAAUCUUUAAUAUGAAUCGGUUUAGAUAAAAUGAAAGUGUAAGCUUGGCGAUAAUUUAUGUAAUAAACUAUUGAUAUUUAA